AUGGUCACCACACUUAUCAGAAGUGAAAAAGAGCUUCGUAAGCAAGCUCAACUUGCUGAUAAAAUCAAGAUUUCUUCCCAAGAGUGAACUAAAAAUUUCUAUUUAAGUGUUAUUCUGCCAUCUCUCACCUACAGUCUGAUCACUUGGGUAAACUGCAGUAAAUGCAGAGCUAUUCGGGACGCUGGAGAAUCUCGAUAGUCGUGCAGUAAGGAUUAUUUAUGAUUUAAAGGACACGUUGAACGAAGACUCCCUAAAGAUAGCCAAAUGGCAGACUUUGGCAUACAUCUUCAAGGACAAACUCUCAAAGUUAAUGCAUAGUGCUUAUAAUGGCUUAUUACCGAAACAACUAUGUACUAGUAUCAUUAACAAGAGGGUGUCGUGUUAUGCAUUUAGGGGGACUGAUUAUAUUGUUGUACCUAGAUUUACAUCUCGUUAUUUACAGCAAUCUAUUAGUUAUAGAGGGGUAGUCCUCUGGAGUGCAAUCACAUCGAAAUACUCUGAUAUUGCUUCUGAGCCACGUAGAACUAUCAGCUCUAGAUUAAGUAAAAUUAAAGAUUUCACAGAGUUUACUUUUAAAGUAAAAUUAGCCUUUACAGUUGAUUUUAGCAAUCAGGAUUUGAGAUAUUUUUAG